AUGUCUUUGCUGACAGCACGCCCAUCCUCGUCCUUCGACUACGAAUAUGAGUUCAAAACAUUUCAAGACGCAGAGACCAAACUCUGGCGUGAUCGAGGAAUCGAACGACCCAAGGAAGAGCUAGUACCUGCUUCUGGCGACAUCACUGCUGCCUCACUAGCCCAUCGGCUUCAUAACCCAUCGUUUACCACAACCAAUGUGCGCAAUGGCGUCACGGCUGACUCUUCCGACCCUUGCACAGCACUGGUCAUUGCAAACGGCUUCGAUGAUACGAACAUUAUGGUACACCAUGUGGUACGGCGAGAAGUCAAAGACCCCUUCACUUAUUACCCAGAAGAUAUCCUUGCCUGCCAUGAGCAGCACCUCUCCAUCGUCCGCUCCCAUAUGAUCGCGCCUGUAGAAGUGGUCUACGGUGUACCUACAUGGAAGAGGACUCUGCAAUAUCUGCAAGGAAGAAUACAGCCAUUUGAUGUCUUGGGCAGCUACAAAGGCAUCAGACUGUUCCUGGAUUGGGAUUCAGCGGAGAAGACCGACUGUGCGAACGAAAGGCAAUUGAAGCGGUUCCUCAUUGCUGUUUUCCAUCCACAGAAUCUUUUAAGAGCGUGGUCGAAUAGCUACAAGCCCGCCCAAGACACACUUUUGGAAGUGGCAUACAACCUUGCUGAAGUACAAUUCGUUCCUCAGUUCUUCGAGACCCAUUUGUGGCAGAAACAAAUUGACGUCCUGCCACAUGCUCAUUUCGCGGCGAACAAAAUGCGGGAGCAUGAAGCCAGGCUCGCGCUUAUCGUAUUGCACGGUCUUUUGCUUACGAGCGAGGAUCCAGAGGUACGGAAGAAGUCGACACGACUGCACGCCCUUCUGACUUCGGACCUAACGCGACUGGUGAAUGGUAGAGGCGACCAAGCCUCUUUAGAAGGUGCGUUUACUCCCCCGUCUCUAUCACCAUCUGCUUCUACGACUACGAUAUGGCCCCGCACGCUGAAUUUUGCCUGGUCACAUCUCUUAAGGGACGCCGGAGACUUUUGGCGACCUACCAUCUGA